AUGAUUGUAUCUCCAUCCGUACAGAGUUUUGCAGUCAUGCCUUCAAUGAAGGACUAUGCAAAAUCUACAAAGGCGCAUGAAUAUUUAAGACAGAAUCAGCACUAUUUGAACCUACUUAUUAAUACGGAUAAUAUUCAUAUUCCUCAAAAGACAAAUUUCAUGCUUAAAAUCACUAUCGAUGGUAUUAACACAGCCGAUGGUAUCCUUGAUUUCUUUUUCAAUUGGAAUAUUUUAGAUGUCCUUGAAAUUAAACCCGCUAAUAUGCCAAACUAUUUCCAUAUUUAUGUUAGAAGCCCAUCGUCAGCUUGUGUUAUAUCUAAAUUACCAGGAGUUAAAGUACUGAUUUCAGAUAUCAUUCCUCCAUGUGAAAUGGUUCCUCUAGUUUAUGUUCAAGGUAUUCCAAAGGAUGAGACUGAUGAUAAUAUUAGAUCUUUCUUCAAAGGAAUUUCGCCAAUAUUAACAAUUUACCGAAUUAUCAGAGAAAACUUCUACGGCUUCAUUCUAGAAACCACAAGUACUAAAGCUGCAAUAAAUCUUGCUGAAAAGUCUAAUAACGAGAAGUAUGGACUCUCAAAACUCUCUGUUUCAAUUCAAUAUCAUAAUUCAGUUACAAACUCAUUUUUCAUCAAUUCAUUGACUGCCGCAUAUCCAAUUGAAGUUGCUAGAUAUGAAAUCGCAAAGUUUGGACCAAUAAAAUAUAUCAGUAACGCUACUGUUUCAGGCCUUCCUUCAAUCAUUGUGAAAAUGGAAAAAAUAGAAGAUGCUAGACUUGCUUGUGGUUUUCUUAAUAAUACCACAUAUCUAUCUAACACACUUAACUCAAUAUUUAUUGAAGAAAAUCAUUUUGACCUUUUAUAUAAUAGAUUUUAUUCAGUUUAA